AUGAAUCGAACUGGCUGAAACCCGCCAAAGAGAAGGCAGCCAUAUUAUUGGUCUUUGAGAGACGCCCAAUCCCAAUAUUGGUCUCGAUUAACUCAAAAAUCUUCUAAUUCAGGAUUACCUCUACAAGCAGAGGCGAAAUCAAAUUCAGAUAUUUUACAUAGUAAAGAGGCUUAUACAGGUCCACGUCAGGAAAUAUGUAAAACUGACUGUGUAAACCAAUUACAAAAAAGUGAAGAUGUCAAAGACUUGGCUUCACAGGAUAACCUAAAUGCAAACCAAGACAUUUUGUGUAAGCAGAAAAGUGAACUCUGAAAUCCGGAAACUCCUAAGUACAUAAAAUCAACAAUGCAGAUUUCUUUACGAAAAUAUUGUAAUAACUGUAAUGAAACUGCAAAUUCAAAUGCCAGAAACGAAGGAAAAUCUUUGCUAAAAUACGAUAAACCUGAUAUAAUUAGAGAGGAUAAAAGCCCCCAUGCUUCAGAGACCUCAUCUAAUUGCUUGAGUAACCAAAAUAAGGGUUCAGAUAAAUGCUCCAGAAAUAUUCAUGAAAAUGAUGGUAGUCACAAAUCACCCAGUAAUUUAAAUGAUGCAAAACCUAUUUGAAUCUGUGAAUCAGACAACUUUAAUGAAUCUCUAAAUUAUCUCAAUAAAACUGCUACCCAGCCUCUAGAAAAUACUACUGAAGGUAUGGAUACUUGCCAGAAAUAUGGUAGUGGACAUUUUUCACCGAAAUUAGCCAACGUCACUAACUGUACAAAUGAUUUGUUGGAUUUUAAACUCUCAGCUAAUUACCAAAUUGAGAAUGUUAAUAACAAACACAUCAUGGAUACUUGUUCACGUCAGCCUGAAACUUCUGAACGAAUUAUGGAAAUUCGUAAACAGAAUGAAUUUAUAGAAAACUUAAAGAAAUCUCUGAUGGAAUUCGAAAAUUCUGAGACCAGCCAAGAAAGCUUCCAGAACUCUGAAGAUUCUGGAAGAUUAUCUGGGUGGGAAAAUAAUUCAAAAUCUCAAACCUUGGUUGAUAACCAAGAUGACAUGGGCCAAAGUUUUGAGGCUUAUAAUACUAUCUUUAAAAAUAUCAGAAUGAACAGCUAUUCUGAGCAAAGCUAUAUAAAGAAUCAUAAGAGGAGCCUCUCUGAAGCGGAUCACUUAAGAAAUUACGUUAUCCACGAGAAUUCUCCAUCUGAAGAAGUUUCACCUUCUGAAAAAUCUUUUUGCCACGGGAAAUAUUUUAAGAAGAUGAAUAUUGGUAGACAGGCUACUUUACUAAACACCUCUUUUCAGAGCAAAACUACUGAAAAUAAUGGUCUUAUAAAUAUUGUGAGAAGCUUAGCGGAUAUAGAGAUAAAGAUGGAUACUAAGAAGGGAGGAUCUAAAAAGUAUAGGAAGAGAAAACCAAAAUCGAAGAAAACCUGUAGCUCAACUUCUACAAUUAAAUCACUUGUCAACUCUAGUAUCAGAGGAGUUUGUCAUUAACUAGGUGUUUUCAUAACAUCAGAAAUCGUGGUGAUAUCUGCUUUAAAUUUUAUUCUUUUUAUUCA